AAAAAUAUAUUAUUUGUUUCUGCUACUCACGGAUACAUUCUUUUUCCAAGCAGAGAGAAGAAGGAAGUAAAAGAGAAGUGGCGCGUUGUUUUUUCCAAAACUCAACCCCCUCUUCUUAUCUUCUUGACCUCUUUAAAUCUCAGUGUUAUACAAAGCCACAGAUUCAUAGCUCAAACUCAGUCUAUAUUGCUCAACCCAGUAAUCGUUACAAAGGAUUUUUGGUUGUUGUACGUGUGUGUUUGGAACUUUGGAUGGUGACGGAGGGAAUGCGUGUUGGGAAAUACGAGCUUGGGAGAACGCUGGGUGAAGGGAACUCUGCAAAGGUCAAACUUGCUAAGGAUAUUGUUUCUGGCCAAUCGUUUGCCGUCAAAAUCAUCGACAAGUCGCGUACCAGUCGCCUCAACGUACCUUUUCAGAUUAAGAGAGAGAUACGCACACUCAAAGUCUUGAAGCAUCCAAACAUUGUCAGAUUACAUGAGGUCUUGGCUAGCAAAACCAAGAUCUACAUGGUCCUUGAAUGUGUCGCUGGAGGAGACUUAUUUGACAGAAUUGUCUCCAAAGGAAAACUUUCAGAAACAGAAGGAAGAAAAAUGUUUCAGCAGUUGAUUGAUGGAAUAAGCUAUUGUCAUAACAAGGGCAUUUUCCACAGGGAUCUCAAGCUAGAGAAUGUUCUUCUUGAUGAAAAUGGGCGCAUUAAGAUCACUGAUUUUGGCGUUAGUGCUGUGCCUCAGCAUUUUAGGGAAGAUGGAUUGCUACAUACAACCUGUGGUAGUCCUAACUACGUUGCGCCUGAGGUUCUAGCCAACAAGGGCUAUGAUGGUGCUGCAUCAGAUAUAUGGUCAUGUGGAGUAAUCUUGUAUGCUAUUCUUACUGGUUGUCUCCCUUUUGAUGAUACAAACCUCGCCGUUCUCUGCCGGAAGAUAGUCAAAGGUGACCCUCCAAUACCUAGAUGGUUAUCACCUGGUGCUAAAACCAUGAUCAAAAGAAUGCUCGAUCCAAAUCCAGUCACAAGGAUGACAGUCGCAAGUAUUAUGGGAAACGACUGGUUCAGACACGACUACUCUCCUUCCAGUUGUGAUGCUGAAGAUGAAUCAUCCUCAGCCGAAGAAGAUGUAUCAGAAGAAGAGAAGAGCCAUGAUUCAUCAACCGUCAUCAACGCCUUUCAGCUGAUCGGAAUGUCACCGUUUCUAGACCUCUCCGGUUUGUUUGAGACAGAGACAGUAUCAGAGAGGCAGAUAAGAUUCAUGUCAAAUAGGUUAGCCACUGAUGUUAUGGAGAAAAUAAAAACAAUUCUCAUGGAGAUGGGUUUCUACGUACAGAAGAAACACACAAUGUUAAAAGCAAUCCGAGAAGAGAGUACUCGAAAAGGGCCAGGCGGGUUAUCAUUAACGGCUGAGGUAUUCGAGAUAAUCCCAUCGCUGAAUGUGAUUGAACUAAGAAAAUCACAUGGCGAUUCAUCUCCAUAUAAACAGUUGUGCGAGAGAUUACUAAACGAAUUGGACGCAUCAUCCCAAAUAUAAAAGCAGAAACAAAUGUUGUGAUAGAUGAUUUUUUUUUUUUUUGACAGCAGACAUGUACAGACUCAUGUAGACUCUGUAAACCAAAGUGGUAAAUCUACAUCCAUGUGCACGACGAAAAACGGUUGUUGCCAAGCACUACGUGCCAAGCUAUCCGCCCUUUUGUUCUCCGUCUUAGGAACAUGAACGAUAUCUGAGUUGACAAAACUUUGUCGCAAAAGCUUAAUAUCUUCCAGGUAGCUUUCAAAUGCUGGUCAUUUCUCUAGUUCCGAAACCAUCUUCACCAAUUGAGAACAAUUCGUUGCAAACGUAACCUGAAACUGCCUUAAAUUUCACACAUUUCAUUGCGCAAUAAUGCCUCCUAUCUCCGAAUGAAGAGGUGAGAGGCAUGCCCUCACAUUCUGUGCCCCCAAUAAGUCAUCAAAUCCUGGUAACGUACUAAGCCAUCCUUGUCCUGAAAAUAGGUCCUGAAAAUUUGUCGUGAUAGAGGAUUUAUGUGAACAAAUUUUGUAAUAAAAGCAGAUUUAACAGCCAAAA